GAACGUUCUGCCUGCACGCGCUCUUGUAUUAUCUAGAGUUGUGGAGGGGAUGAGCCGAUAACCUUUCUUGCGUGUCCGUGCCCGCGCUGAGCGCCGCGCAUUCAUUUGUGCGCCUGUUGACCCGACUCCUCAUCAACCCAAUGAGCGCAGCGGAGGGAGGCUCUCUCCUCCCGCGUGCAGCUCUCUCCUCCAUCUCUUCCUCACUUUUCCAGUCGGCCAGCGAGCCCGUCGGAGCUCCCUACACUCUCACUGCGCUCUCACACACCGCAAGACGGAUUUUAAAAUUCUUCUUCUGACAUUUGUUUGCACCGAGUUGAAUUUUGCACAUUUGCCCCCGCCGCCAGGAUCAAACCCGUAUGGAGUUUUUUUGAGGGAAGUGGAAGCAAAAAAACGACAGAAUGAUGCAGAAGCGGGAGAGGAUCCGAGUCUCUUGAGUCUCCCCCUCGGUGUAACAGCAAAUGGAUGCUGCGCUGGGAGCCUCACCCCCUCACCAACUGCUAUGGAGGCACGCCAAGCCAUGCGAGUGACCUUUAUCACGCCAUGAAUGCAAGCGCUGCCGUUCAAAGAGGACACAAGUAACCUUUUCCUGUUAUCUAAGAAGGAGCUGUUGAUCUGAAGAGAGGAGGGGAGGCGUGGAACAAGAGGUGGAGAUCAAAGAAAGAGUCCAAUAAAGCAAACAAACAAAGACGCGAAGAAAACAACGACAGGAUGCCAGUGAGGUCCAAGGAGAUGCUUAUGGAUCUGUGGAUGUCCUUGCUGCUGGUGUGGAUUACUUGUGUUUCCUCCGCCUCUAUGACUCCUAUCACAGGCCAGUCCAGAAGUACACAAACUGGUGGGCCCGCAGCGGUGGCGAGCGGUCUUGGCGAAGGACAAAGAUUACUGAGCCGCGCCAAGAGAGGAUGGGUUUGGAAUCAAAUGUUUGUGCUGGAGGAAUUUUCUGGACGCGAUCCAAUUCUGGUUGGCAGGCUACACACAGACUUGGACGUUGGCAACAAGAACAUCAAAUAUGUUCUUUCAGGAGAAGGAGCUGGCACCAUCUUUGCCAUCAACGAGCUAACGGGGGACAUCCACGCUAUGAAGAGACUGGACCGCGAGGAGAAAGCCGAGUACACGCUUAAAGCCCAGGUUGUCGACGCUGACAACAACGAGCCUUUGGAGCCACCGUCCGAGUUCAUCAUCAAAGUCCAGGACAUAAACGACAAUCCGCCACAGUUCAUCGAAGGUCCUUACCAUGCAUCGGUUCCAGAAAUGUCUGCUGUUGGUACCCCGGUUACCAGGGUAACAGCCACAGACGCUGAUGAUCCAGUGUAUGGGAACAGCGCAAAACUCGUCUACAGCAUAUUGGACGGACAACCAUAUUUUUCUGUCGACCCAAACACCGCAACCAUAAAAAUCGCUCUCCAUGGGAUGGAUCGAGAGAUGAGAGAGGAGUACCUGGUGGUCAUACAGGCUAAGGACAUGGGGGGACACAUGGGUGGCUUAUCUGGAACUACAACCGUCACCGUCACUCUGACAGACAUUAAUGACAAUCCACCAAAGUUCUCUAAAAGCUUGUACGAAUUUGUGAUCCCCGAGGACCGAACAGUGGGGGAAGUGGGUGGCAGAGUGAAAGCAAAUGAUCGGGACAUCGGAGAGAAUGCCAAGUCAACAUACAACAUCAUAGAAGGGGAUGACCAAGGCUCGUUUGAGAUUAUCACAGACACACAAACACAAGAAGGGAUUCUCAGGCUAAAAAAGCCUUUAGAUUACGAGAACAAGAGAACUUUCACGCUGAAGGUUGAAGCGACCAACAUCCGUGCGGAGCCCAGCCCCAGCGGCGGACCCUUUAAGGACACAGCCACCGUGAAGAUCACAGUGGAAGACACCGACGAGCCUCCUGUUUUCUCCAAACCCAUGUACUUACUAGAGGUGAAGGAAAACGCCCCCAUCAACACGGUCAUAGGAACCGUCACCGCCAGGGAUCCAGAUGCCUCCGGGAGCCUUGUCAGAUACUUCAUCGACCGGCACACGGACCUGGAGAGGCAGUUCAACAUCAACGUGGAUGAUGGGAAGAUCACCCUAGCCAAAGCGCUGGACCGGGAGACAGACACCUGGCACAACAUAACAGUAACUGCUACAGAAGUCAGAAACCACAGUCAGAUAUCAAGGGCAAACGUGGCCAUCAGAGUAAUGGACAUUAACGACAAUGCCCCUGAAUUUGCCGACGAAUACGAUGCCGUUUUGUGUGAAAAUGGGAAACCUGGACAGGUGGUUCAGAUUGUCAGCGCCGUAGACAAAGAUGAUCCAAUACAGGGCCACUACUUCGACUAUCGUCUGGUCCCGGAGAUGCUCAACAAUCCCAACUUCACCAUCAAAAACAACCAAGACAAUACAAUCAGCAUUCUUGCCAAGCACGAUACCUUCCGACGACAGAAACAGAAGUUGUACUACUUGCCAAUCAUCGUGACGGACAAUGGAAAUCCACCAAUGAGCAGCACCAACACCUUGACCAUCCGCGUCUGUGGAUGCAGCAAAGAAGGAAUAGUUGGAUCCUGCAACGCGGAGGCCUCUGUCUUACCCAUUGGUCUCAGUAUGGGAGCUCUCAUUGCCAUCCUAGCCUGCAUCAUACUUCUAUUAGUAAUAGUGGUACUAUUUGUGACCCUGAGGAGACACAAGAAUGAGCCACUGAUUAUUAAGGAUGAUGAGGAUGUGAGGGAGAACAUCAUCCGCUACGAUGAUGAAGGAGGUGGUGAGGAGGACACCGAGGCGUUUGACAUAGCAACACUUCAGAACCCAGAUGGUAUCAAUGGUUACUUGCCACGCAAGGACAUCAAGCCAGACUUGCAGUUUAUGCCACGGGCAGGCCAGCACUCGGGCCCAAAUGGUGUGGAUGUGGAUGAGUUCAUCAAUGUACGGCUCCACGAGGCAGACAAUGAUCCAACAGCACCACCAUACGACUCCAUCCAGAUCUAUGGGUAUGAGGGCCGAGGAUCAAUGGCUGGAUCGCUCAGCUCAUUGGAAACGGCGUCAUCAGACUCAGACCAGAACUAUGACUAUCUCAGAGAGUGGGGCCCACGCUUCAGAAGACUUGGGGAGCUCUACUCUGUGGGUGAAAGUGACCGUGAGACCUGACCUUUAAUUUGUUAAAAACAAAAGACCUUGGAGAUUUUUUUUCUGUCCACAUAUUUGUGUAUUAAACACUAGGAUUUGCUGGCUUGUAGAAACAAGUGUUUAAAAAACUAUUAAAAACCAGGAGGGCCACCUUUUUGUAUACUUUUUAGAGUGAGACUUAGCAGUUGUCAUACACUAUGUCAAGCGCAUUGUACUUGUUGAGCCAAACAACGUCUUUCUUAGAAGAUCUAUAAUUCUUGUGGAGUGUAACUUAGAUUUCGCUGUGGAGUGUCUAGCAGUACUUUGGGUGUUUGUCAUUUGCUGUGACUGCCAGUAGCAGAAAAACCCUGAUGUUCCUGGUAGUUGCCCAAUGAUUGGAUAUUGUUGGGUUCUCUGAAGCUUGAAUGGACAACAUUCUCCAUGAUUCAUGGAUGCCAAGCUGGUCUACGGAAGCUGCAGAGAGACUCAUAUUGUUGUCUCCUAAAACCACCCAGCUGAAAGGUAAAGGGGGACGAAAUGAAAAAGCAAUACAUGGUCUACAUUACAAUGAUGAAUGUAUGGUUUGAAAGGAAAUAAUAGCAAAAGACAAACCAGUAUUGGCUUUAUGGUGAACUUGUGAUAAUUUGAUAUGUUCCUCGAUGGCAACAUUUAUAAACUAUCUAAAGCCCAGGAAGGCUUGCUUUAUACAACUCUUUGUAUUUACAUGCUACAGGUGUUGGUUCCAAGUGUUACUAGCCUAUAAAAGACUGAAGUAAAGACAAAAAAAGAGAAAUGUAGAAACUCCGAGGCCUUCUUUUUACAGAAGCAACAUUAAAUACAAUUGUAAUCUACUGUUUUUUUGACAAGAGAUGUGCUAAUUCUUCAUUAAUGUUUUAUUGUUUUUUUUGUAUAUCUGUUCUUAAAUCUUUUUUUCUGUGCUAUUUGAAAUGAGUGUGUUUAGAUUAUUUCACAUUCAGCUUUUUCCACCAACAGAACAAAGUAUCAUGACAGCCAAACAGUUUCAUGAUUUCAUGCAAUCAGUGAUGUAGACUAGACGUAAGCAGAGAAACAUGUUAAUUAAACAAUAAAGACCAACCAAUCCAUUUGAACUGAGACAUUUCUGACAGAUGAUGAUAAUGAAUAAAAUCUCACUUUUACAACAUAAGAAGUUAAAACAAAUGAGCUUUUGAACACAAUUGAUAUCCAGGUAUUCGACUUCCUUGAAACAUCAAUUUAGAAAACACAUUAGCCUAACAAUCUGGUAACACAGAUUGAAACCAUGUGCAUAUUGUGCUUACACUGUAAGAUACCAAGAAAAAAAAGGACUUCUAUUGUACAUAGCGUUACUGCUAACAGCAUUAGCUUUUAAUGAGUCGGUAGGUUUUGUCUCUGCACGUUAACUCUUGCACAUAAUAAGAAUUUCAAAGGCACUUCAGCUGCGUGCAAACUCAGUUGGUUCUGAUACAGUAUUCUGGCAGUUCUCAGUAGACUAAACAAUAUAUAUGGAAUAGUCCUACAUGCAGAUCAUAUUUUCUACUGUGCUUUAAUGCUUAUAAAUGUGUAUGUUCAAUUAUUUACUCCCUGUACUGUAAUCUAAGAUACCCUGUAUUGUUUCCUACUUUGUGAAAUAUAUUUUUAUAAAUACUG